AUGAAUCGAGGUCUUCAAGUUAAAGUUGAAGAAAAGUUUCGAAGAGUCAAGCUGCAGAUGGCUGCAGAUCUUCGAAGAAUGAAAGGUUCACAGGGAGAACAUGACCAGCUGGACCCUUUGCCCAACAUGCUUCAACAAAGAAAUGGUGAAAUAGAAGAAAUGAAAGUGAAACCAUUAGAAAAACCAAUGGUGAAUAACUGCCAAAGUCCAUCUUGCCUUCCGGGGGGGCUGCUGGGAAGGCUCUUUCCUCCUGACCCCAUCGCCGCUUCUUUCCCUUUCAGGAAGGCCAAGAAGGAAGGAGACCUGCUCGCUGCCCAGGCCCGCCUGGAGGAUGUGGAGGCCCUACUCAACUCCAAGGAGGCUGCGCUCCACACCGCCUUGGGGGAGAAGCGCAACCUGGAGGCUGAAGUCCGUGACCUCAGAGGCCAGCUGGCCAAGUUGGAGGGAGCCUUGGCCGACAUCAAGAAGCAGCUUCAGGAUGAAAUGCUGUGGCAGAUGGAUGCGGAGAACAGGCUGCAGAGCCUGAAGGAGGAGCGAUUCCAGAAAAACAUCUACAGUGAGGAGCUCCGUGAGAGCAAACGCCGCCACGAGACGCGCCUGGUGGAGACCGACAACGGGCGCCAGCGGGAGUUCGAGAACAAGCUGGCCGAUGCGCUGCAGGACCUCCGUGGGCAGCACGAGGCCCAGGUCAGGCUCUACAAGGAUGAGCUGGAGACGACCUAUGCAGCCAAGCUGGAAAACGCCAAGCAGUCGGCCGAGAGGAACAGCAGCCUGGCUGGGACGGCUCACGAGGAGCUUCAGCAGACACGGAUUCGCAUCGACAGCCUCUCCGCCCAGCUCAGCCAGCUGCAGAAGCAGCUGGCAGCCAAGGAGGCAAAGCUGCGGGACCUGGAGGAUUCCCUGGCCUGGGAGCGGGAUACCAGCCGGGAGAAGGAGCGGGAGAUGGCCCGGAUCUCCGCUGGCACUGCAGUGGCUCUGGAGAAGGGAGGAAGAGGGGAAGAAGCAGAGCUAAGUUUGGAUAAAUUAACAAUGUUUUACUCAAAUUCAGGAAGAACGUAA